AUGCUCUACGACCUCAACAUAGCCUGGUCGCCCUCCACGACCGAGGAGAAGCUUCUACAGACCCUCACGCUCUCAUCCUCUCUCGGAUACUCCACUGUCGCUCUCAACCAUACGCUCACGCCGCCGUUCCCGAACAACCUCACCGCGCCAUUCCCGUCAAUCCCAUCAUCGCCAACCUCAAAACUACCAAAUGUCCUCCAUCGCGCGACUCUCCCCCUCUCAGAUCCUUCCAAUAACUACCGAAUCCCAUUCCUCACUUCCAUAUACGACAUCAUCGCCGUCCGUCCGCUUACGGCUACGGCUUUUCAAAACGCCUGCCUCACGCUUGACGUACCCAUAAUAUCCGUAGACCUCACCCAGCACUUGGAUUUCCACUUCAAACCGAAACCGUGCAUGGCCGCUGUUUCGCGGGGCACUCGCUUUGAGGUCUGUUACAGCCAAGCCCUAGUGGCCGAUUCCCGAGGGCGCGCAAACUUCAUCUCAAACGUCAAAAGUCUCAUCCGGGCAACACGUGGUAGAGGGAUAAUGCUCAGCAGUGAAGCCAAGGAUGCGCUUUCACUAAGGGCGCCUGCGGACGUGGUCAAUCUGCUAAGCAUAUGGGGACUGGGCAACGAGAAAGGCAUGCAAGGUAUUGGUGAGAUACCGCGCUCUAUUGUGAUGAACGAGGGCAUCAAGAGGAACGGCUUCAGGGGUGUUAUUAACAUCGUUGAAGUCGCCGAGCAAGAAAAGAGCUCAAACGAUAAUGCGGAUGGCAAGAGCACAGGAAUUGAGACGGGAAAGAAGAACAAAAACAAGGGUCAAAAUCAGAACCAGAAUCAAAAGCGCAAGAACGGCGAGGAGAAUACUCAACAGAUCAGCAACCGACAGGCCAAGAAGAUGAAGCUAGCUCAAAGAAACGCAGCAGCUGAGAAGAAAUGA